AUGGAGGCGUUCUUAGAGCAGCUACGAGUAUUACGAUUCCAAUUUGAUGCUCUCAGCAGCGAAGACCACGAAGAUGCGCUGGGUAAUGGAUUUUCCAUAGAUUUAACUGCUGUAGCGGAAACAGUCUGCGAAAUGAGAGAUGCAAGCGUUCGUCGUCGAUUUGAAAAAGAAAUUGAGCUCACUUUGGCAUGGGAAGCGGAGAAAAUGAUUGCGGAACGUUUUGUUGGUGACUGGUCUUCGUUGAAUUGCUUUAACGACCCAACAACUUCGUCUUAUAAUUUCGAGUCACCUUCUAUUUUCGAAAGCAACAAUCGGAGGAAGGAUGCGGAAUUUACAUGGGAUGGACUUCCUAAUAGGGCAGACAUAUGUUCUGAAGAUAAGCGGAAGACUGCCUCAGCGUUCAUGGAGAAGUCAGAACUUCGAUCAAGCCAUGUCCCGAAGGCCACCAGCCGUUUAAAAGGAAGUCUCGGAGAAGACAAUGAGGCAUACCAGCAUUUCGACGAGCAAGUAUUGUCGGGGAUUGGGAUCACUAGCAGUGCCUCAUCACCAACUUCGCGUGCAGGAAAUGCAGUGGGCAAAGAAAAUCGACUUGUAUGCGCUACGUGCGGAUUUUCGGCCAAUAAUCGGAAAGCACUCUACAGACAUGGCUUGAAAACUCAGCAUGUUUUGAGAGAAUCGAAUUCAUCCGGAUCUCUGAUGUGCAGCCUAUGCUCUUUUCGAACAAACAAAGUGUUCAACUAUAAUCGCCAUAUGAAACGUUUUCACAGAGACGCGCUGAAGGAGUCUUAA